AUGGAGAGCCAGCUGGAGGGGGAGAUCGACUGGGCACCCUGCGCGCAGGCAGAGCAGACCGGCGGUAUCGGCGAAAUUCAGGAGCUCUUCAAGACCUUCCGGAGCUGCUCCGGGAAAGAAGUCCCAGCCUAUUUUGCCAAGAACCUGGCAUCUGAGCAGGAGGUGAUGCGCAUCCUUCAGGCUGCACGACAUGGUCUGGAGUACAGCACACGGCCG